AUGGAGAACUUGCCCGCGACCGCGAAGACUCACAUCGUGCCCGCAGCUACGGGCUACGCUUUCGAGGUCAAAAAGGGCGAGCGUUUUCGCAUCGUCGAUAUUCAUGGGCUUCAAAUCGUUGACUUCAUGGCUUGGGUUCAUGAGCCGGGAUUGAAGGAGCACGUUCGGAUGUCUUACACCCGUUUCAGAUACAUGGGUGUCAGCCCCGAUAUUGGCGAGUUCCUCGUCACUAAUCUCGAUGCACCAGCUCUAAAGAUCAUGGCUGACACCUGCAAAGUCCACGAUAUGACGUUCAUGUCUUGCUUUCCGGAGAUCUACGCUGAGCGCGACAAACCCGGUCAUCGAUCAUGCACUAUGAACAUUACCGAGGCCAUGACACCGUAUGGUAUCACCUCGCGAUUAGAACUCCCUGAUCCCUUCAACAUCUUCCAAAACUCGCCCAACUACACCCUCAAACCACUCGGCUGCAGCCGACCGGGUGACUACAUUGAAUUUGAGGCACUAAAAGAUAUGGUCUGCGGCUUGUCAUGCUGCCCAUGGGAAGAGGACGGAAUGAAUGGAGGGAAGGCGACAGAUAUUGCUGUUAUAACGGGCCUAUAA